AUGGACGCGAUACUGAAUUACAGGUUGGAAGAUACUGAAGAUUACUACACGUUACUGGGAUGUGAUGAACUGUCUUCGGCUGAACAAAUCCUGGCAGAAUUUAAGGUCAGGGCCCUGGAAUGUCACCCUGACAAGCAUCCUGAAAACUCCAAAGCUGUGGAGACUUUUCAGAAACUGCAGAAGGCAAAGGAGAUUUUGACUAAUGGAGCAAGUCGAGCCCGCUAUGACCACUGGCGAAGGAGCCAGAUAUCGAUGCCAUUCCAGCAGUGGGAAGCUUUGAGUGACUCGGUGAAAACGUCAAUGCACUGGGCUGCCAGAAGUAAAAAAGAUCUGAUGUUGGAAGAAUCUGACCAGACUCAUACCGAUAAAAUUGAAAAUGAGGAACGGAAUGAGCAAAAAGAGAUAAAGAAUGAGGAGUUCAGUCCAACCACAGAGAAAAUGGAGCAAAAAGAAUCCAAAUCCAUGGAGAAGUCAUUCUCCUCACAAAAUCCAGAUUCUCCAGGUUUUUCAGAUGUGAACUGUUGGCACCUUCGUUUCCGCUGGUCUGGGGAUGCUCCUUCAGAACUCCUGAGGAAAUUCAGAAACUAUGAAAUAUGA